AUGGAUAAUAAUCAGUGUAAAUAAAUAAUCUUAAUCCUAACCUUAUGCUGAAUCUCUUGUGAAUAAAGAAGUACAAUUGUAUCCAUAGCAACAGACCGACAGCUCCCAGCAAUGUUCACCUUAUCGCUGCCUUCAGCUUUAUCUGUCUUCUCUCCAGGCAACACAGAUGGCAUCCUUUCUUUUAAAACUCGGUGUGUGUGUGUGUGUGUGAGUGUCACCAGAGUCUUUGUUUGGUUAGUGAUGAAGUCAUAGUGAGGACAGAAAACCCAGAAUAAGACACUGAAGAAGAAGAAAAACGAACAUAUUUAAACACCCAAACGACACAUUUACUCCUCAGUGCCUCUGGUUUGUGAGAGUUUUAUUCUGCUUGGCUGUUUUCGCUGUGACCUGCCUCACUGACUCUGGCCGUUUUCUUUCAAAGGCCAGGGUUGUUUUACAACAUGGUAAUGAGCAGCAGCGCUGGCCUCCUCUGUCCACUCUGUCUCUAAAGCUGUUGCCGAGAGACAAAGUAGAAGUCAACCAGGCACUCGGAGUCAGAGUGUGGAGAAGAGGCCUUUUAACAGGACCACACCGUCGUAAUAAGUCACAGUGUCGGUGCAGGAGUGAAGGAACGGGAGAGUUUGUGUGAAGAAUGAGGGAUUAAAAGAAAAGUGACUGACUUGGAGAAGGAUGAGACAUUUAACCAACAGGUUGCAGAGCAUUGGUUUCUAUUUUUAUGCUUUAGAAAAGAUGCUUUUCUCUGCAAGAUGACGAUGACAGACGCGCUCGUGUCAGAGAAGCAGCUGCUGCUCUGGAUUCUGGGUUCUGGGAUUCUGUUGUUUGCUGCAGCUGAAGAAGACGGUCCCUGUCCAAAAGGCGGUCACGUCCACCUGUCCGCCGUGCGAUGUUACUGGAAGCCUGAGACGUCGUCGUCGUGGUCUGACGCUCGACGUUCAUGCAGAGAGACCCCAGGAGGAGAUCUAGCGUCUGCCGAGAGUCUGGAGCUGCAGAACUUCAUCCACUACUCUUUUCCAACGAAAACCACAGAGUGGGUGUGGCUGAAGGGAUGGGGAGGAGAACGGUCUGAAGAAGAAGAAGAAGGUGUUGAGGAGUCUGUAAGUCCUUCAUGGUGGACUGAAGGUCAUGAGAGUGGGUGCCCUCAGAUGGCUGUGGGGACACCAGGACAGUGGAGGAGAGCACCAUGUGCAGGACGAUACUUUUACCUCUGUGAAAAAGACAUAACUGACGCUUUACCACCUGCUGACAGUUACCUGACUGGAUUGGUCUUCAUGACUGGAAUUUAUACUCAAACCCAGAUACAUCCUCUUCUCAGUGUCCCAGACAUUGGACAACGCACAGUGGAGAUGCAGCUGUUCCCGGGCUUGUGGUUCAGUCAUGCGGGUCAGUUGGUAAAUGUGAAGCUGGUGGUUCAGCCAAGCCCACUGUCUUCUCUGGCUCGCAUUCAAAUCCUUCGACCCUACUGUGACCCCAACCACCACCUGGUACCUCCAGGUUGCAGCUCUCUCCUUAAUCCAUUUAGCUGCUGCUCGCAAGUGCCACUGUGCAACACUACAGGGGGCUGCAGGAUAGGUCAAUACUGGUGCCACCUGCUGGAAGCAUGCGUGCCCAACACCAGCCCUUGCAGUCCCUAUGAUUCAGCAAGAGGGCGUGGGUUUGCUUUGCCACCCAGGUACCCCGCAAUACCACCUUUCUACCACCUAGUGGCAGACCUGCCUCUGAGACUGAACCCUAGUUCUGAAUUGGAAACGAUGAACGUGCACCUCCCAGAUACAGCGAUCAUGGUAUACCCUGACGAUAUUAUAGCCAUACAACACACUCGAGACUCUGGAACCUUUCUACACUGCCUCAACAGUAAAGCCUCUUUAAACUCCUCCUGGCGUCAGAGUUACCUGUCCCUUCAGGGGGCUGAAUGGGGAGGUUGGUGGCAGGGAGGUCUUAUAUCACUGUCCCAAAGAGGACAGUGGGUGGACGGGAUAGUCUGUGACUUGAGUAUACUCUACAUAGACACUCCUCACAGAGUUACAGAGCUUGACGGAAUCUUUGGAUUCACCCACACGGAGGAAACCACAGCUCCUCAUAUUCAACCACUGACUACUGCUCCUCCUCCAGACCUGAGUUCUAAAUUCAAGCUUAAACUCAUCCACCCCCUGCUGGACAAAAACAGCCAAAUUCAUCUACAAAUCAACAUCCCAACACUCAUUGUGGUUCAGGUGCUGUCUGGACAGAAUGCCAGGAGCUCAUGGUCAUCGCCAGUGCUUCAAAGUGGGCUUCCAUUUCUUCCUUCUUGCCCCGAAGAGUUGGCUCAAUCAUGGCCCGGCUGUAAGAGACGGUCCCAUGAUGAAUGGUUCUCCUCUGUGACUCUUUUGUUGCCCUCAGUGGGGGUUCAAACACUGAACAUCAGUGUGGUGGAUGGAGUGAGUUCUCAGAGUGUGCAGAAUUUGAGUGUGGCAGUUUGUGGCUAUGAGGCAGUGACAGGGCUGGGUGUGGAGCCACACGGGUGCUUGAGGACGCUCGUAGACACAUUUCAGUUAUUUACAGCCAAGGUGGAGAGUGGUUCCUCAGUGAAAUUCACAUGGGCUAUUGACAACAUGGAUACAUUUGCCUUUGAAGGGGAAUCUUACAGUGUAGCAUUCAAGAAACCUGCUGAGUAUCAACUCAUGGUAACAGCAUCUAACCCCGUGAGCUCUCAGAGCCAGGAAGUCCUCCUGGUUGCGGACGAAAUGGCACCACUGUCUGUGGCCGAGUUGUUGUUUGUCCAGGAGGUCAUAGCUGUGAAUGCUACACACUUAUAUACCAUCGGGGUGAAAGUGGACAUCUCUCUGCCAGUCACCUUCAGAUGGGACUUUGGGGACGGCAGUAAAACGGUGAGCCACACGCAUUCUGCUCCAUGUCAGAACAUGGAGGGACUUGUGGAGAGAGGAGAGAAGCAAGUGUAUGUCCAAGACUCUGUGAACUAUACCUAUUCCAUUCCAGGUGACUUCACACUUCAAGUCCAAGUCUCCAAUCAAUAUGACAACACUGGCACAUCCAUGAAGAUUAACGUCCACCCAGUAUUAAGUCACAUCCAUAUUUCCCGUACACCAGCAGUGCCCCUUGUGAAUCAUACUCUUCUUCUGGAAGCCUCUGCCGAGCCCUCCACCUAUGCUGUCUUCUAUAAAUGGGACUUUGGUGAUGGUUCCAAAUCUGUCCAAGGCAUCCACCCUAAAGUCCGUCACACUUUUGAAUCUGCUGGGCUUCAUAAUGUCACAGUGUCUGCCAACAACACGGUUUCUACUCUGACCACUUGGAUUAUUUUGGAAGCCAUGGAAAAGAUUUCUGGAUUAACCAUUCGCUACAGUGAACCCAGUGAAGUAAACUCUGCUAUAGAUUUCAGAGCCAAAGUUGCCACUGGUACAAGUCUUACCUGGGAUUUUGACUUUGGUGAUGGGUUCCUGCAGAGAAACCAUACCAAUGGUUCCAUCUCCCACAUUUACAAGUCUCCAGGCAAUUAUACAGUAGUCGUCACUGUCUCCAAUUCUGUCAGCAAAGCUCAUCAAUCUACCAGGGUUGAGGUCUAUAUUAUUGCUGUCAUUGGUGUUCUUCCUACAGAAUGCAUCAUAAAUGGAAAAGACAUACAACUCACUGCCCUGGUGACUGGGAAAAUAUCUUUUUUGAUUUUCCACUGGGGAUUUGGUGAUGGAUCCCCUUUGACUGUAGUGACCGGACAGUCCACAGCCAUUCAUUCUUUUCCAAGCCCAGGGAUUUUUCACGUCAGCCUGACUGUGUUUAGUUCUCUUUCAUCGGUAUCAUUUAAUACCAGUCUUUGUGUUGAAAUGCCAAUAACCAAGAUGUCAGUGCAGGCAUCACAGGAUGCUGUAGCAGUGGGACAUGAGGUAUGCUUCAGUGCAUUAGUUUCCCCUGAGCAGGUGACAGGUUAUCAGUUUACAUGGUUUAGUAACUCCCUUACUCUUUCUGCAAAGGCGGAAAACUCUCAGAAGUGUUUGGUCUUUAAAAAUGAAGGUGUUGAAGAGGUGUCAGUGUUCGUGAGUAAUAAAGUCAGCAACAAAACCGCCACAGGUUGCGUCACCAUUCAAGAACCUGUGACUAAGCUGUCUGUGGAGCAUGAUAGCCAAAGCAACACACUGACAGUCAAUACUCUGGUUUUGUUUUGGGCUACUAGUUAUAGUGGAAGCAAUGUGUCAGUGCUGUGGGACUUUGGAGAGGGUUCUUCAGUGGAGCAGAAGAAUGUGUCCCAUGUCUUUACUUCAACUGGUCAGUUCACAGUAACUGCCACAGCGUCUAACCUGGUGAGCAGAGCCUCCGCUACUGUCGAAGUGAAUGUUUUACUUCCGGUCAUAGACCUGUCACUUAACACCAACCAGUCAUAUGCUGUGGUGGGAGAGGAAAUUCUUAUUACAGCAGUCAGUAAUGCUAUCAGUAGCGCCAACUACUACUGGACAGUUGAGGGUCUAACUACAACUAAACAGGGAACCUAUCAAUUUAAAUUUGCUUUCCCCAAACCAGGAGUGUACCAUGUGAGGGUUGUAGUUCAGAACUUGGUCAGUAGAAGGGAAGCAGCUACUUUAAUUGAGGUCUUCGAAAGAAUAGAAGGUCUUCAGAUUGAAUGCCAUAGCCUGACAAACAUGGAAUAUGUACCAACACAAGAGGAUCAGGUAUUUAUUGCUUCAGUCACAAAAGGCUCCAAUGUCACUUAUCAUUGGCUUGUCACACAGAGUGGUAUAACACGAGAGAUCUCUGGUGAUAGUGAGCAUUUUCAUCUUCUGGUUGAAACCCCUGGUAAGAUCUCAGUUCAGGCAAAAGCCUCAAAUAAGUUGUGUGAGGCCACCAGCACUCUGUCUGUAGUUGCAAUAGAGCGUGUAUCAUGUGCAGGUGUUUCAACUAGUUCCAACAUUGUGGCAUUAGGGAAAUUAGUUAAUAUUUCUGUAUCAGUUGUGUCUGGGUCAGACCUAGAGUAUCUUUGGUAUGUGAAUUUGGAUUCAUCACCCCUGAGGACACAUGAACCCUUUCUUCUCUACAAUUUUACAAGUUUGGGUGACUGUCUAAUCACAGUCAUUGUUCAGAAUGUCCUCAGCCAAUGCAAUGGUACCAAACAUUUUGUAGUCCAGGAGGAGAUUCAGGAGGUUGACUUUGAAAUUAAGGGAAAGAUGCAUCCAUUUUAUAUCAACACAAGUGCUGCUGUUUCACUCCAUGGGCUUGUUCAUAAGGGCAGUGAUUUGCACUGGUCUUGGGAAAUUAGAGGUUCCAAAAACUACAUUUUAAAAGCAAUUAGUCAGAUCUUUAUCUACACUUUUACUCAUGUCGACAUUUACCAAGUAUCCUUGAAUGUCUCUAAUGUGCUAAAUUGGCAGAUGGUUUCCCACAGGGUCACUGUCCAGGAUGGAAUCACAGGUCUUACGCUGAACAUUAGCAAGAUGUCCUUCUGCAGUGAGGAAGAAGUUACUUUUGUUUCAUCAGUUUCCAGAGGAAGCAAUGUAAGCUUUCUUAUAACAUUCAGAAACAAAGACUGGAUUCAAAGUCAGAGCAUUGUCGAAGGGCAAUACAAAACAUCAAGCCUUCCAGCUGGGAAAUAUCAAGUCACAGUUAAAGCUUGGAACCUGGUCAGUAGUGCAGAGGUGUCUUCCAGCAUCCUGGUAAGCGAACACAUUCACGGUUUGGGACUUGUCAACUGUUGUUCUACUGUUCUCGAAGCUCUCAAAGGAAUUAAUUUCAAAGCACAAGUUCAAAAUGGGUUUCCAGUUAACUACACCUGGAUAUUUUACAUGGUAGGUUUGAAGCCCAUAUGGCUCAUUGGCCAAGAAGUGACCUUUACUCCACCAGAGAGUGGAUCAUUGUCGGUGAGUGUGGUAGCCAGCAAUGGAGGCUGCUCCUCUGUGCUUAAUGAGACCACUUUUGUUGAGUGGCCGAUCAAAGACAUCAAGCUUCUUUGUCAUUCAGAUAGGAUAUUUGCAGGACACACUGUCCAGGUUUCUGCAACGGUGAUCGGAGGGAGCAACCUCAGAUACAUAUGGGAUUUUGGAGAUUCCAGUGAAGUACUUGUGACAGACUUGAGUGUCGUCAAUCAUACUUACUAUGUUGCUGGGAAAUACAGUGUUACGGUCAAAGUUCACAAUAGUGUCAGCCACAUAAACUCUAAACAGCUUCACGUGGAAGUGGAAGAGCUCCAGUGCUCCAGUCUUCAAGCUUCUCUAAUCCAGAGCCAGUCUACCAUCUAUACGUCUAGAAGGACUUUGUUUGAAGCCCGAGUAAACAGUAACUGCACAACCUACAAGAUCAUCUACCUGUGGGAAAUAUUCCAAGGAUCUGAUUGUACCAGCAGGAAUUGGAUCAGCUUGCCAAACCAAGUGGAUACAGCUUCACCUGUCUUUUUCCUCCCAAAGCAUACUCUGGAUGUGGGACAGUAUUGUCUUGUAUUUACUGUUUCACUCCAGGGAACCCCUGUGAUUGUUCAACGGACAACCAACUUCACAGUAGUCCAUUCCCCACUGGUAGCUGUAAUCAAAGGGGGCUCACAUAAAUUGUGGUCCAGCCUCAGAGACCUCAUCUUGGAUGGAUCUGAGUCUCGAGACCCUGAUGUGGAACUUGGAGGGGAGGAUACGCUGGAAUAUCACUGGACCUUUGUAAACAUGAACUCAACAGAGUCUCAUUUUGUGGAGAAGCCCAUUGGAAGCAACAACAGUAGAAUGACUGUACUCAGCAACCAGCUGCUCCCACGCACAGUCUACAUUUUCAGCCUCUUUGUACACAAAGCAGGGAGGAACUCUGCAUCCACCAACCAGACUGUAACUGUGUGUGAGGGUCCUGUGCUUCCUGUGACUGUGAAGUGUGUGUCUUGUUCUGGCCUCUCCUCCUCGCACCAAGUCAGCGACUCGACUGCUGUCAUUCUUGCGGGACAAUGUGGACAAUGUGAUGACCAGACUCAAUACGAAUGGAGUGCUGAAGUCCAAACUGGUGUGACUCUUGACCUUGAUGACAUCACUACCUCUACGGGAAGUCAUUCCCUGAACUUGGUGGUACGUACAGGUGUCCUCCACCCGGGACUAAGUUAUACCUUUACUCUUAAUGCAUCCCAGCCUGGUGGAGGUCAGUGGGGCAGUGCCAGUCAAACUAUACUGCCCAACAAUCCACCACAUGGAGGCCUGUGUGAUCUUCGUCCAGAGUCAGACAUACAUCUGUUGGAGACAGUGGUCACCUAUAACUGCUCAGGGUGGCAAGAUGAUGAAAGUGAGGCUUCUCAGCUGAUCUACACUUUCCAAGUAGCACCAUGCCGUCCCAUUACCCCUUUGUGUCCCACGCUCACUCUGUACAGAGGUACUCGUUCAACAUUUGACAGUCUGCUUCCAAUGGGACGUUCUGAGCAAGACAACCUGUCAGUUAUUGAAGUCACUGUACUGGUAGAGGACCACCUGGGCUCAAAGGUUAUUGCUCUGAACAGAUCAUUGACAGUUGAAAAUCCUGCAAGAGAUGGAAACGUAAGUCAGUGGCUCAGAAACAAAAGUCAGACCGUGUUAUGGGCUUUAAUCCAACAUGGCAACCCUCAGGAGAUCAUCCCUUAUUCCAUGGCCCUCACCAGCCAGCUCAAUCAAAAGGAAUCUGAAUGGACUGCCAGCGAGCUCAUGAACAGGAGGGAAAUCCGCAGAAAUGUGUCUCAAGCCCUGGCCUCUCUCCCUGUGUCCUCUUUGCUGGAUGUUGAUCAGAUCAGCUCAGCACUGGCACAGUCAACGGCAGUUCCUCAUGAGUUGGUAUGUUGGGACUGCCAGAAGAAGGUUCUGGAAUCUGUGGGGAAGAUGAUCCAUGUGCUGGAGGAACAGAUGAGUCCUGGAGUUUCAAUAGCCCUUGAAACAGGGAGGAACAUCCUUAAUAUCAUAGGUAGCACUUUGGCUGCUGUGUCUGAAUCGACCAGUGCUUCCAGUUCUCAUCCAGCUUACUCCAGCUCUUCACUGUCAGCAUCGACUAUUGCCCUGUCAGCGUUUACCCACGCUGGAGCCCUUGUGCGCUCUCUGAUGCAUUCACGUCUUCAUGGCGAGGAACCGCUUCUGCUGUCCACCCCUUAUCUCAACACAAUUAGUUUCCAAGGAGACCCUGCCGACCUUCUCUGCUCUCACAAGGCAAACCGUUCCAACCAACACCACAACAUCUCAUCAGCUCACCCAUGUCAGUUUCACAUCCCCACCGCCCUGACUGCUCACCUGAAGAGUCAGGGCUCUGAGGUGGUGCAGGUGCUCUUUGGUAUGGAUGGAGCACAGGGGUCCAACGCUAUGCUGAGCGGAGCUGACCCUCCCAUUUCCACUGCUCUGGUUGCCAUGGAGCUCACAACUCCUCAGGGUCAGCUCAUACCCAUCAGUGAUCUGGACCCUGAACAGGCCAUACAGGUCACCCUGCCCAACAAAUAUCUUGUGAGAUCGGAGGAUGAGGAAGGGGAUGGGAGCACAAGUGGGAACAGGAAUGAGACGUGUCUUACAGCGGCGCUUCCCACACAAGGACAGUUGAAUUUCUCAGUUAAAGCAGUGGACGGACUAGAUGAGAACGCAGGUUUAUACAUCUCCUUCAACUUCAGCCUGGUUCCAGGAGCUACUUCCAUGAGCUUGGGACAUGUCAAGAUACAAGUGAGCUCUGCAGUGCCGGGGACUAAUGCAUCCCAAGAUUCCCUCGAGAGAGAGUGGAUUCUCACUCUUUCUUCUCCGAGCACCUCGUCAGAAGAAACAGUGUUUCUGUCUCCACUGUUGCGCAAGACCGACAACAAACCUCUCUUCGUUACCCUGACCUCGUCCCUGCUCGAUGGCGGUCCUGUCCUCGCCUCGGUGUGUGUGUUCAGCUCCCUGUGCCAGUACUACAGUGUGGAGGAGAGGCAAUGGAGCAGCGAGGGUCUACAGCCACUGGAGGGCAGCACACUCCAGGAAGCUCACUGCCUCACCCAGCAUCUCACCAUAUUCGGGGCCAGUUUGUUUGUCCAUCCUGGGGCCGUCGUUCUCUUGCCACCUUCAGAAGGUCCCGUGCGUAACGUGGUGGUGGCGAUUGUGUGCGCUGUCCUGGUUCUGACUCACCUGCUGGUCGGGCUCAUCGCCCAUAAACUGGAUCACUUGGACAGCUUGAGCCUGAGCCAGGUCCCUCUGUGUGGCCGACCGGGAUUGUACCACUACAGAGUUCUGGUCAAGACGGGCUGGAGGCGAGGAGCAGGCACCACAGCACACGUUGGCAUCAGUCUGUACGGGGUGAACAAAAGCGGCUCUCGACACCUGCAAAGGGACGGAGCUUUUCAGAGCGGGAGCCUGGACCAGUUUCAUGUGGAGACAGACGACAACCUGGGAGAAGUUUGGAAAAUACGCAUCUGGCAUGACAACACGGGUCUGGACCCCUCGUGGUACGUUCAGCACGUGGUGGUGUGGGACACUCAGACAGAUCACAUGUUCUUCUUCGUGCUGGAGGACUGGCUCUCUGUAGAGAACCAGAAGAACGACACAGUGGAGAAGGAAGUUCUGGCCUCAUGUCCCGAGGAGCUGACUCAGUUUGGGCGGGUCCUCACCUCCCAGCUGAUGUUCGGGUUGACCGAGCGCCACCUGUGGCUGUCGCUGUGGACACGUCCGGCUCACAGCCGCUUCACCAGGGGUCAAAGGGUGACCUGCAGUGCCCUCAUGCUGCAUCUUUACCUGGCACUGGGUGCUCUGUGGUAUGGAGCUGUGGGCUGUGAGGGGAUCAGUGGACCAGUGUCAGCUAAUCUGCUGGUGAACAUGGAGACAGUUGCCAUGGGGAUGACUGUUGCAGUGCUGGUGUUUCCUCUCCAGUGUUUCCUCUGUUUUCUGUUUAGAAAAGCCCACAGUCAGGUAACGGUGGACAUGUCUGUUCCUCCAUCUCCCGUUUGUCACUCAGUGGAGAUGGACGUUUACCUCGGCCAACUGGACAUCUCCAGCGCUUCGCUCAUGUCUCUGCCGGACUCCUCCAGCCAGGUCCGAGAAAGUCCUUCAUCUUUACUGGAGAGCAAAGUGUUUGACUCCAGUAUCCUGGACUUCUGGGAAGCCUCUGGACUGGCACCACAGACACAAAAAGCAUGCCAAGACAAGGACGUGGUGACGUGGCCGUCCUGUGACAGCCUCCUCAAUCUACCAGUCGACUCAUGUCCAACCAAGAUGAACCCAACCAUACACAACAUAUCACAUGAUUUACCCACUCUUGGCCACACACGGCAGCUGAGGAGAAAAAAGGCUCUGAUGCAGCUGCGUCUGGCCUCGCCGCCCUCCCCUACUAUGCCAGACUGUGAAUAUUCUCCCCCCGCACCAGAACAGGAGGUCCUCACCAGGAACGUAGACCCGACCACAAUUCCCAAACUCAAUUUAAAGACAUUUCUUACUCUGUCUGAGGAGGAUCUGCUGAUGUCGAUAGCAGCAGCAGCGGCGGCAGCGUCAGAGGAGACAACACAUACAAACAACAACAAUAACAACAACUCUGACAGUGGCCGGGAUUCCCCGAGAACCACAUCGUCAUUUUCAGCCACACAGAGCACGUCCUGCAGCAGCUGGUCAGAUCACAGUGAGGAUAAAGACCCACAGUCCUGCUCCUCCCUGUAUGGGACUGGACUCUUCAGGUGCCCCUCUGUAGUGUCUGUGGACUCAGUGGCCAGCACCUUUCUGCCGAGUCCCUCCCCCGACUCCACACGCUCCUACUCCACCACACGUAUAGGUGUUUCUCGAGGGCGGCCCAGUUGGCUCCUCCCUCCCUGGGCUCUGCGUGUGAUGUACCCCCUGGUGGCAGCGCUGCUGGGAACCUGCUUGGCCGUGGUCGGACUCUACGGCAGCUUCUUCUCCGGGACCGUCGUUCUCAUGUGGAUGAUGUCGGCUCUCUCUGCUUUCCUCACCUCUGCUCUGCUGCUGGAGCCUCUCCAGGUGUGCGUGCAGGCUCUGAUCUACACGGUGCUGUGGAGGCCUGUGGAUCCAGAGGUGGAGGAGCAGCUGGCGCAGGAGACCACUGUGGUCAGGGCGUUUGGAGAACAUAGUGCGAAGGUUCGACCCCCGUGUGGCUACGGACUCCUGCAGGCUAAAGAUGAGGCGCGCAAAGUCCGAGCUCUGCGAUCCCUCAUGAGGCAAUGUGUGUGCCAGCUGUUGUUUCUACUCCUGGUCCUGAUGGUGAACUACCAGGAUAGUGUUGAGCAGACGCAGGGGCGGCUCCUGCACGCCGCUGUCAGACGGCAGCUUCACACAGCACCUACGGGUGUCCCCAACCUCACCUCCAUCAGAGACGGGUCGGAUGCAGAGCGGUGGAUCAACCACACCUUGGUUCCACACCUGCACCAGAACCCUUCGCUGCGUCUCGUGGGGACGCCUCAGCUGCGGCUCGUGCACACACUGGGCCACGUUUCGGGUUUCUUUCUGGGAAACAGCAGCGUGACGAAGCGCCAGCUCCUCCCCGACCUGCGCGUGAGAGAGUGGAGCAGGAAGACGUUGUUUAAAAGUGUGUCUAUUGAUUUCACGCAGUACCACAGAGAGUCUGGUUUGUUUGUGUGCGUGUCCAUUCAGCUAGAGUGGGCUCAGAGACACAGAGUCACUCCCGUGCUCUCUAUCCAUCCCCUCCUCAUCCCUUCAUCCCACUCAGGACUGGACUUUCGGGUGGCACUUACGGUUCUUCUUCUCAUCUCUGCUCUCCUCAUCUUGUUCGGGGAACUUUGGUCCGUGGCGACCGAGCGUGCUCGGCAUCUGAAUCAGUGCAGACGCUGGUUUCAGCUUUCCCUGUUCUUGUUGUCACUGGCAACAGCCGUCCUGCAAUUCGGCUUCCUGUCUGCUGCUUCUACGUGUUUUUCCACGCUCCAGUCCCAACCGGACAACUUCAUUAACUUCCACAGUGCUGCCGCUCUGGCACAGAGGUCGUCCCAGUGUGCGGCUGUGCUGCUCACACUGCUUGUUCUAAAGCUUCUAGGAACAUUCAGGUUUGUGCGGAGGUGGCUGGUGAUAGGCAGAGUUCUGCAGAGAGCCCAGGGGGAGCUGUGGGCUCUGACCGCCCUACUGCUGCUGCUGCUUACACUCUGUGCUCAUCUAGGAAACAUGCUCUUCUCCCAUUCGGUAGAAGGUUUUCUGUCUGUACGUGAGGCCGGCGUGUCGGUGUUGUCCAUCCUGCGUGGCCGAAUAGUUCUCCAAAGAUUAUGCAAGGUCCACACAGUCCUGGGACCCCUCUAUGGACUACUGCUAAUGGUGGGAGGCCUGUGGCUAUUGGCCAAACUAUGUGGAGCUGUUCUCAUUCAAGCAUACAGGGCAGAGCAGGCUGAGCUGUACCACCCAACCAUUGAACCUCAGGACUAUGAAAUGGUGGAGUUUUUCAUCAAGAGACUCAAGCUGUGGAUGGGACUCACCAAGGCUAAACAGUUCAGACACAGGGUAAAGUUUGAAGGCAUGGACGUCCCUCCCUCCAGAUUCUCCCAGGAAUCCCGUCUGUCCACGUUUCCCUCCUACCGAUCCCCUUCUCUGUCCUCCACGAUUAUAUCACCCCGUCCCCUGUCCUCGGCAUUAUCUGUGAGGUCAGAGGACUCAUCAGUGUCCGAGUCUGGAUUUGACGUCUUGCCCUACCUGGACCACCUGGUCCCCAGUGUCACUGCCCUGCUUUCUUGUUUUGAUCGGGUCAACCAGAUAACUGAGGACGUUCACAACCUGGAAAUGAAGCUAGAGGAGGCUCAGACGAGGAGAAGGGAGGGGUGGAUCAGUGACAAGGAGAAAGGUGUGGAAAGGAUUGGAGAGACAACAAAGCCAAAGAAAUCAGGAGAAAUGACAACUGAACCUAGACAAAGGAAGACAAGUCUCCUUUACCCGUCUUCCUUUUCGGUUAAUUCCUCCACACGUCACUCUGCUGCUGCAUCAAUCUGCAUCUUUCCCCGUACACAAAGGUCUUACUCUGAGUCAGAGUCAGUCUUGCCUCAGAUUUCUUCUGACAGCCAUACUUCUGCAUCAGGAAUUGGCGGUUUUUGUCCUACAGGUUCUCCUCAGUGGGGUCAGUUCCCCAGGAGAAGAGCUUGGCACUCUGGGAGCUCUCAUUCGGCCGAUGCAGCUCAGAGGGCCUUCCAGUUGUCAGGAGGAGUUCUUCCAUGUGAAGAGGUAGGAGAAAACUCUCCAUACAUGAAUGUCAGACCCAGGAGCAAAGAGGGGGUGAGACGGCGUGUCAUUGAUGGAGUCCCUGUGAAAAGGAAGGCUUGGAUUUCUGAUGGACCAGACACUGAGCAAGACUGACUGACAGGAAACAGGAAACUCUAAAUAAAUGACGUGUAUGCAAAGCAGUGCAUAUGAAUCUAGACACUUAGGAAAGAAAGUUGUAUUGCUGUUCUUUGCAACGCUGUGUACCUUAAAACUGCGACACUGUGGAUAUUACACUCAGCAGACCAAUAAAGACAAG